UAUAUUUGGUAUAUUAUUUUUCUCAUUUUAUUGUAUUAAAGAAAUGUAAAUAUAAUAAUUAAAAUUAUAUAAAUAAUUUUUCAAUAUCCAAUAUGUUAAUAUAUUCGUACGAAACAAAGUAAUUGUUUCGAAAAAGUCGCCAGGAAAGGAUAGAGCGCUGAUCAACGGAUAUUUAAAAGAAGAAUUCUUUUUAAGAACUCUUCGAAAGCCAGCGAAGAACGAUAAAAGAAAAUAUUACGAUUUAUACAUAAAACGUAACUCAAAAAAAUCUAAUCCUGAAAGUAAUAGUGAUGAGAAAGGAGACUUGGAAGAAAGUGAUGCUGACGAAGAGAACGGAAAGAGUACAGAAAAAUUAUCUUUAAAUAAAGAAAAUAUAUUAGAGGAACUGAAAGCUUUAGUAAUUAAGCAAGGAAAAGAUGAUUUUAAUAAUGAUUUUAGUGAUGAUUCAGAAAAUGAUUCAGACUCUAUUAUAAAAUGGAAGACGUAGAAAAUAAACCAAAAGUUGAUUGUCUAACCAAAGGACCUGGACCAGUUUAUAAAUUACCUCCAUUAGUUGGAUAUGUUGGACAUGAUCCAUCUAAACAUAGGGGUCCAGCGUAUAGUAUACGGUUUCGUGUAGGAUUAAGUGACAAAACCGUUGGUCCUGGUCCACGCUAUAACAUCAAUAAAUUAACAAAAUUUGGAUUAGAUAAACCACCAGCAUACACAAUAGCUAUUAAAUAUCCUGAUACAAUUUUGAGUUUAGGACCAGGACCUGGUGCAUAUGCGCCUGAACAAUGUCUCCCAAUGAAUCAUAAUCGUAGAGCUCCUGCAUAUACCAUAAAAUCAAAAGGUCAACCAUUACAAAUUAUUGAAGGGCCUGGGCCAAAUGCUUACACAAUACCAACAUGUAUAGGCCCUAAAAUACCAGAUAUGAGAACACAAGCUGCUUAUACCAUCGGUGCCUAUUAUGAACCACCAUUAGAGUCUUUAGGUCCGGGUCCAGCAGCUUAUGCGGAUCUUAAUCAAAAUGUUAUAAAGAAACGCAAUCCAGCAUAUAGUCUUAAAUGGCGUCAUGAUCUUUCUGAAGGAUAUAUUAGUCCAGGUCCACGUUAUAAUCCUACGUAUAAUAUUGGAAGACGUGCCCCAAAAUAUUCCUUUGGCGUUAGACAUAGUAUAUGUGCAGGAAAUCCCAUUACGAGUUUAGAUGAAGAUUGAUUGGAAAAAUAUGGAUGUGUUUCAUUAUCAAGUUUUUGUAAAAAUUGUAUAAUAACUUUAUAUAUCUCAAUAUCUUAUUUAAUAAAUGUGGUCUUCA